CUUCUGGCUGGCCGUCAUCAUCCUGACCACUGUGUUUGCCGGCCAGAUGAAAGCCAUGAUGAUGAUAAAGGAAGAGUCGGGACGCAUCGACAACAUGAAAGACCUGUCGCUCAAGCCUGAAAUGAAGCCUUACACGGUAGCUGGAAGCGCUGGAGUGUCUUCAGUCCGUGACUCCAAGGACCCGUCGUACCAGAAGGUAUGGCGCAUGAUGCAGAGACACAAGUCCGACCAGCCUCCGGGGGUCGUCCUGUCCGAUGGCACAAUGCGCGAGGUGGUUCAAGGAAAGGCUGUGCUCAUCAUGAGUCGAGCCGCGCUGGCCGCCCGGGCCACGACCGCCUGCGCCAACUCUGACGCGGGGGAAUACUACGUCGGCAAGGAGGCCAUGUUCAACUUCAACUCUGUGUUUUACCUAAACAAGAGGAUGCCCCUCGCACGUCAACGGGCCAUUAACAGCAGGAUCCUGUGGCUUCGGGACUCUGGACUGGUGGCAAAAUGGUGGAAGGACUCUUCGGGCAGCUGGGAAGGCUGUGGCCAGACAAUCAGCGACGGGACGCUGACCUUUGCGGACUUCACGGACGUCGUCAAGAUGUGGCUGGUCAUGCUGGCUGCCGCAGGCUGCGUCUUUCUUGCCGAGUUCCUCUGUGGUCGGAGCACGAACCGGUCGACAUCCUUUCGCCAUUCGCUGUUAGGGCUUCAUCGCGUCAAAGUUUGAGAAGGAAUGCGUACGGGAUGGGAAAUAAUAGAUUGCAACAUUCCACGUUGGAGCACGGGAUAUUGUAAAGGAAGGUGCUGGGAAAUGAUUGCUCUGUGCUUUCUUUCAUUGCAGGAGAUAUAUAAAGCGUAACUGCAUCUUUAGUUUUUCUUCUUUUUUUUUGCGAUCAAAUGAUUAGGCAAUUUUUACAAACUCAAAACUUCGAGAAAAGGUCUGAAAAACUCUAAAUUUCACGACUUCAAGUACAAAAAGGCUUGUGAUUUCGAAAUGGUGUUAGUGUAUGAAGUGAUUCUAGCUUUCUGAGUUGCAUAUUCAAUUUUUUAGCGUGUAGAUCAUAUAAAAUAUAUAUAUAUAUUUCUAUAUAGCUAUGAUGUGAUAUAAUUUUUGCAUCUUCUUAGCUUCCAAAUCACCUGGAAACCUCCUAUAGUUAUUUACAAUGCAAGAAGAAUAAGAGCAAGCACAAAUUUCACCAAACAGCACAUUAUGCUAAUAAAUUAUCCCAAAAAAGUACUUGAGACACACCGGGAUAACAUAUAUUACAACAUACAUUCAAACUUUUGGUAAUGAAACAACUGGUUUCUUUUUUACUUCGGCGAUGACAAGAAGAAAGAAUGACAGGGCCAACCUGCGAAUACAUACACGAUAUUUAUAUAAAUAACGAAUAUGAAUUUAAAUAUGAGAAUUUUUUUUUCUUGUGUACUCGCAAACAAUUUUUCAACCUGCUCCGCGGCAUCCAAAUGAAGAGUACAUCGGAGAGAAGUGGGCAAUAAUAAAUUAUGUUAUGUUUAUCUGGAAAUAAAGCACGCAUAAGUAUAACAGUAACUCGGGUGUUUCCGUCUGCGCUAGAACCAACGGUCUAUUCAAAAAAAGUAACCGAAAGCGCACAUACUUUGUUGUUCUGCAUUGCUUUCUUGGUUUCGGCGCGUAUUUGAAUUUUCUGAAGAUUGGAGGAAUGAAAAAUUGGGUGAAAUAAAGAUACUAUGCUGCAUAAAUUUUUGUAGAAGAUAGAUGAGCGACGCCGUGCUAACGUCAUUCCACUGCGGUGGCGCUGCUGUCGGCAGGGCGCGUGCGCAGUGGCUCCACUUGACGCGGUUUUUGG